AUGUAUUCAAGUACAUUAAGUAGACAACCAUCUGGUGGUUCAGCUCUACAUUCAUUCCAUAGUCAAAUAUCAACUGCAGUUAUUGAUUAUUCACCAUGGAUGAGACAACGACGACCACCUAAAUCAGCUGGAACAACAACAACAACUACAGCUGCUGCAGGUCUUCCUCCUUUACACGAUGAAAGAAAAUGCUCAGGACGAUGUCGACAUUUACGAAAAGAGUCCACGCCUGAACGUUUUGCACCUGAGAAUCCAGCCAAAAUUCAAUGGUUAACAUUACAAUUGCAUAUGUAUCGUACACGUAUACAAUCAUUUAUUCAACGUGAAAAUGAUUUAAAAGUGAAUAAUGCUAAAUUACGUGAAACUAUUUCUAAUGUAGAACAUUCAGCUCACGAUACAGUGGCAGUUAAUUUACGUCGGUUUGAUCAAUAUCAAAAAACUAUUUCACUUGUUGAAACGAAACAAAACGAAGAAAAACAAGAAUUACUUGAUACUAUUGAUCAAGAACGACAGACACUUGCUAAUGAAGUUGAAAUGUAUGAGAAUCAAAUUUUAUCUCUUGAAAAUCAAUUAGGUGAUUGUCAACAAUUUCUUAAACAAUUAAAAACAUAUAAAGAUAGUGAGUAUCCUGAAAAAGAACAAACACUGCAAAAAUUACUUCAAGAAAUCGAUGAAACAAAACUUUUUAGUUCAGAAGAAGUUGAUGAAUUAAAUCGUAUCCUUGAAAAGCAACAAGAACAACAUUUAGAAAAUCUUCGUCUAACUGUAGCACAAUUAAAAGAAGAACAAGCAACGGCAGCUUUUUCCGAUAUGCAUAUGUCUUAUUUACUUGUUGCACUCGACAAUGAUCGAAUGAAAGAAGAAAUUGCUAUUCAAGAAGAAAAACUUCGUUUAUUAGAAAUAGAAUGUGAACACAUGCGAAAACUAAAUGCAAAAUUAAAACGUGAAAAAAGUCGAGCAUUCGAUUCUCGUACUUUAUUUCCACAUGUUUUUCGACAAGAUUCAAUGCCAAUUUGUACACCUGAUAUGGAUGUUGUAAUUGAUUUUCCUGAACGACAAACUCCAUUACCUGUGUAA